AUGGAGGACAGGCAGACGUACGCAUGCGCACUGGAUGUAGACUGUCCCAAACAGCGCAGACGAAAAGGCAGAAGAGUCUACGCGGAAGCGAAAACGAUGGAGGAGAUCAAACUGUCUCCAGACUAUAACUGGUUUAGGAGUACAGUGCCACUGAAAAAGAUCAUUGUGGACGACGAUGACAGUAAGGUGUGGUCUCUGUACGACGCUGGGCCAAAGAGCAUCCGCUGUCCCAUCAUCCUCUUCCCUCCAGUCAGCGGGACAGCAGAGGUCUUCUUCCAGCAAGUCCUGGCUCUGACCGGCUGGGGCUACAGGGUCAUCUCACUGCAGUACCCCAUCUACUGGGACCUGAUGGAGUUCUGUGACGGCUUCCGGAAGCUGCUCGAUCACCUCCAACUAGAUAAAGUCCAUUUGUUUGGGGCGUCCCUCGGCGGAUUCUUGGCCCAGAAGUUUGCGGAGACAACGCACAAGUCUCCGAGGGUGCACUCUCUCGUUCUGUGCAAUUCCUUCAGUGACACUUCCAUCUUUAACCACACAUGGACUGCCAACAGCUUUUGGCUAAUGCCAGCGUUCAUGUUGAAGAAGAUUGUCCUGGGAAACUUCGCUAAAGGACCCGUGGAUCCAAAGAUGGCAGACGCUAUUGACUUUAUGGUUGAUAGAUUGGAAACCCUAAACCAAAGCGAACUCGCCUCUCGGCUGACUCUGAACUGCCAGAACUCCUAUGUGGAGCCGCACAAAAUCAAGGACGUUGCUGUGACCAUUAUAGAUGUUUUUGAUCAGAGUGCGUUGUCGUCAGAAGCAAAGGAGGAGAUGUAUAAGCUGUAUCCUAACGCCAGGAGGGCACAUUUAAAGACCGGAGGAAACUUCCCCUACCUGUGCCGCAGUGCUGAGGUCAAUCUCUACAUACAGAUCCACUUGAGACAAUUCCACGGGACUAGGUACGCGGCCAUCAGCCCCGAGAUGGUGAACGCAGAGGAGCUGGAGGUGCAGGAGAGCAGCCUGACGCACAGCUCUGACGACGACCAGUGA